UCAUAACUGAGUUCUGCCUCGCGUUUAUCUAAUCUUUCAAGUAGAAGUGAGCGGUAGCCCAAGAUUAGAUGCAUUUUUCCAAGCUAGCUUAGCCAGCGACUCGCUAUAUCAAUCUAUCGAAUUUGCGCAUUCGUAUACCGGUUGGCUAGCAAAAUGGGGAGUGUCUGUCAUGUGAUUAUUGUUUUGGUAGUGUUGCAAGUUUGUGCGGCUGCUGGUGAUACUAGACUUUUAGUGAACACUUCGAAUGGAAUUGUGCGCGGUUCCAUCUUGAGAACGCGAGAAGAUGUCGACAUACUUGCUUUCCAUGGUGUAAGAUAUGCGGAGCCCCCAAUAGGAGAGAAUCGCUUCAAGGCUCCGAAACCGGUUAAGCCAUGGAAAGGAAUCUAUAAUGCAACCCAGCCAAAUGUUGCUUGCCACCAGCCUAAUCCCCAUCCAUCAUAUAUCCUUUCUGAAGAUUGCCUACUUCUCGAUAUUUACACGAAAGAUCUGAAAGGCCUGCAACCGGUAAUUGUGUUUAUACAUGGAGGAGGCUUUGCCAUGGGAGCAAAGUCGGACGUUAGACCGGAAUAUCUGCUAGAACAGGAUGUGGUGUUAGUGUCUAUCAACUAUCGAUUGCAUGCGUUAGGAUUUCUGUCAACGGGAUCUAAAGAAGCGCCUGGGAACUAUGGUUUCAAAGAUCAAGUAUUGGCACUCAAAUGGGUCCGGGACAACAUCCAGGCUUUCGGGGGAGAUCCGAAUCUCGUCACUCUAAAUGGCCAUAGUGCCGGCAGUUUCAGUGUAAGUCUGCAUCUGGUGUCACCAAUGUCAAAGGGGCUGUUCCAUCGCGCGAUUCUGAUGAGCGGUUCGUCGAUGUCGCACCAGAAAUCAGUAACCCGGGAAAAUUCGAAGCAAAUUCUAGAGUUAACACAAUGUGAUAACAACAACGUGACUUUGGCCAUUGAAUGCUUACGGAAACUGCCCGUUGAAGAAAUCUCCAAAAAUGCAAUAAUUCCCAACGAUUGCAUUGGUAUGAAGCUGUGGGAUUAUGAUAUUGAGCCAGCGGAAUCAAAUGACAGUUUUCUGAUUGAAGAUCCGACGAUAAGCUUACUUACUGGACAUCUAAUGGAUAUUCCAAUUUUAGCCGGCAUCUCAGCGGAUGAAUUUUCGUAUUUAGCAUAUGUUUUGAAAAAUAAGCCCGGAUUGCUUGAUAGUAUCAAUGGAAAUUUUCGUUCAUAUGCACCGAAGUGCUUCAAUUACGAUGAAUUCGCCAACAAGGAUGAAGUUACUGAUGCUCUCAGGAAGUUCUACCUCAAUAAUCAACCAGUAACAGACGGCAACAUUAAUAAAUUUGGCGAUAUGUUCGCAGACGGCAUGAUUAGCUUCGGAGUCUACAGGUUUUUGUCCCUUGUUAGCUUAUACAAGGAUGUGUACUUUUACGAAUUCGAUUAUUUCAACCGAUUCAGUCAUUUCUACUUACCAGAUGGAUUACCUUUGGGUGUCGCGCACGGAGAUGAACUUCAAUACAUGUACGUUUUCAGCAAAAUUGCCCGGGAAAUUUCGAAAGACGACCCCGAGAACGUAAUGGUGGAAAAAAUGACCAGUUGGUGGGCACAAUUUGCUAAAACAGGAAAUCCCAACAAUGCCAAGGACGAGCACAUAAAGGAUAUUACUUGGUUACCAACUAUGAAGAACAAUUUAAAAACGUUGUAUAUUAACACCACCUGCCGAAUGGGUUGUUUGCCAAAUUUCGCCCGAUAUUCGCUAUGGGAUUCUAUUUUCCCGUUGCCGAAGUGGUUCAAAAUUAAUGUUUAGUUAUCGAUAUACAAUGACAUACAUCAUAGCUCUCUGAAAUUCAAUUAAAAAGUGAGAGGGUUUUAGAAGAGGCUAUUUUAAAUAAAAGCUAGUAAAUAUAAGUUUUUUGUAAGGAUGUUAGUUACUGGUUUUAAUCGCAUACAAAGAUUUUUAAGUGGAAGUGAUAUAAGAUGGAAAUAAAUUACUUGCAAGAUUGCAUCAACUACAGUAUUAA